UUUAUCGAAUCUUGGAAAACCACUCACAGGCUGAAUCAAAACAAUUCAGUUACACCUUUACAACGAAAAGAUAAACAUGGAUUUUGCAUCUGUGCGAGUGCUAUUGAAUAUUUUACCGCAACAAAUCUUUAAAAAGAAUAUCAGUGAAACCAAUACAAAAUCAUCUGAUAUUGAUCUGUUGUGUAAGUAUAUAAAAUCCAUUAAUAACGAUAUUGAUCUUAUGAAAGUGGAUGAUUUGCUAGAAAAAUUACGAAGAGAAGAAAGCAUUAGAGAAAAUAGUAAAGUAAGAAAUGUAAUUUUUAAAUCUCUAAAAGUUAUUUUUAUAAACACAAAUAGCGCAGAAAGGUUGUUUGGUUUUGACCAGUUAGUUUGCUGCAGCUAUGAUUCUAUUACUCAAUCACUGUUAGAACACAACCAGCUCGAGCUCUUGAUGACCCUAUCAGAGUUUAAAGAUGUUAUACGAAGCUACAUUCCCAUGGCGAAAUUAGAAGUGGUAUUAGAUCAAAUUUCCUCUAAAAAGUCAGCCCUUAAUCAAGAACUAGUCCAAGAAUUGAUAGAAUACCUACAAAUACCACAAAUCUUAAGGGAAGAUGUAUACGAAAUACUUCAGAAACGAAUGAAACACAAAAAUUACAAACUUUUGGCAUACUAUUUAGACGAUAUUAAUAUCAAAGAUGGUAAUCUCAGUGAGUAUCUGAAACUCAGAGUAUCAAUAGAAGAAGAAAAACGGAUUAAUAAUAUCAAAUUUUUUAUUAAGUUGUUACCGUCAAAAUUGUUAUAUUUCCAAGAAAUAUUAACCACAGAAGGUUUCAAGAAAGAGGUUUUGUUUUACAAGACAUUUGUUCCAGUAAUAGAAAAGUUGGGUAUGUCCAAUAUGGAUUUCUUACCAAGGUGUUAUCUGGUAAAAAACGACAUGAUUAUUUUAAAUGACCUUUCCGUACAGGGAUAUUCAUCAACAGAGGAAAUAUUUUUCGAUUACGAACACUUAUCUCUGGUUAUAAGGCAGUUGGCGAAGUUGCAUUCCAUGUCAUUUCUCAUAGAACAUAGAUUAAGUAAAGUACUAGGAGAAAAUAUUAAGAUUGAUGAAUACUUUCCAGAUUUAACCGAAGAAUAUCAUAUUCUUCCAAAUGAAUUAAACGAUACUCAUAUAGAAUAUGCAGUUGCUGAUUUGGAAGCCUAUUCUCAUCUAGCCAAACAUAUAUCUAUUGGAGAGUUUCAGAAACGGGCCAAAAUCAAGUUCAAUGAAAUUUAUUCUGCAGUUAAAAAGUCUAAUAGCUUUAGAAAUGUUAUUUCUCAUGGCGAUAUAUGGAAGCCUAAUAUUUUCUUUAGAUGGGACUCGAAUAAACAUCCCCAACACUCUGUUAUUCUAGAUUACCAGUUACUCAAAUACUGCCCUCAAGCCAUCGACAUCCUCAUGGUAACUUACGUCAAUGCUACCAAACAAACAAGAGACCAGUAUAUGGGUAUUCUUCUGGAAGAAUACCAUAGUGAACUAGAAUCAACUUUGGGACAAUUUGGUAUGGAUAUUGAACAAAUUUCUCCUUUUAAGGAUCUAAAACAGAGCGUAGAGGAACUGGAAGUGUUUGGUAUCUUCAUCGCGAUGUUGUACAACAAAUUUAUGGGACUACCAAGAGAUAAACUAGGGAAUACACUAAAAUAUCCAGCAAAAAAUAAGCAAUUCUGGACUGACGUUAACUACAGAAUAGAAGUUUUGAAUUCGAUGUGGGACGACGUGCAUGAGGAAUGGAAAAAAAAGUGCGAGGAAAAUAUAAUAGAGUUGUAUGAAUUGUGUAUGUCGAUCAUAAUAAUAUUCUUUCCAACCAUUUGUAAAGUUUUCACCCUGUAUCUAUAUGUAAUUAUCACGUACUUUGAAGACAUAAUUAUCCCAACAUUAUUUUUUCAUUAUCUAAUUACAGAUAACCUGAAUAUUUGUUAUUUGUUAGUAACUAUUAGUUUAACAAAAAUCAUAAUGGGUGACUGUGUUAAAGUACUGCUAAAAGUUUUGCCUCAACAACUUUGUAGUUCUGAAAAAAAUUGUGCGUGUAGAAAGAACAUUAACUUGAAAUGUUUCGACGAACUGUUUAAAAAUGUCCAUAAUAAAGUAGAUGUAGUGAAAAUUAAAGAUUUACAGAAGAAAGCUGAGGCAGAAAUCCGUGGUGAAGUUCAAUGCCUGGUGUUUAAGGCUCUAAAAGUAAUUUUAUUGAAUAUCAAUGAAGAGAAAAGGCUCCUUCACUACCAUGAUUUAAUUAAACUUUUCUACAACGGCCUAAUUCAAAAAUUGCUAGAAUUACAUAAGUUAGACAGUCUGCUAACGUUCCAAGAAUAUGAACACUUGGUAAGAAAGUUAAUACCUUUGGUUAAGUUGGAAAUACUGCUCGAACAGUAUCCCACUAUAAAUAACAUCCGUUUAGAAGAACUGGUAGAGUACUUAGAUAUGCCAAAUAUUCUUAGAGAGGACAUUUACGAAGUUUUACAGAAGAAAUUUGGUCAUAGCAAUUUUAAGCUGAGACGGUAUUACUUGGCAGCAGUAUCCAAUAAAGGACUUUUGACUGAUUGUGCCAGCCUCAACGUUUCAAUAGUAGAAGAAAACGAAGAAAAAACUUGUAAGUUUUUCAUUAAGUUUUUGCCAACACAAGAAACAACUGUUCAGAAAUUCAUGAGUGCUCUGGCUUUCAAAAAAGAAGUUUUAUUCUAUGAAAAAUUUGUGCCUCUAUUAAAAGAACUCGGUGAGACAAAAUUAGAGUUUAUUCCAGAGAGCUACUUAAUUAGAGAUGAUUUGAUUGUAUUAAGUGACAUUACUGAGCUAGGGUAUUCCCAUUCCGGUCAAGAUUUCCUUGAUUAUGAUCAUUUAUCUUUAAUAAUAAAAUAUUUUGCUCGAAUCCAUUCAUUCUCUAUCAUUUUUGAAGAAUAUUUUAGUAAGAAAUUAUGGGAAGGAGUUUUACUGGACACAUAUAUUCCAGAUUUAUUAGAAGAGUCUCAAGUACUACCAAAUUUCUUCAACAACUCUCAUAUUGAGCACUUGUUAUUGUUUCUAGAAAAGUUUCCAAGUGUAGCUAAAGAUUUUCCAUUGGAAGAUUUUGUCGUUAGAGCUAGAAAGAAGUAUUACGAUGUCUAUAAUGUCGUCAAAAAGUCUAAGAAAUACAAGAAUGUUCUGAAUCAUGGUGAUGUGUGGCAACCAAACUUUUUCUAUAAGUUUGAUUCAAAGCACAAGCCAAGCAGUGCUAUAGUUUUUGAUUUUCAACUACUGAGGUAUGCACCCCCAGCUUUGGACUUACUUAUGCUGCUCCAUGUUAAUGCUACAAAACAGACUAGAGACAACUACAUGUUCCAGCUCCUUCUAGACUACCAUAACGAAUUGAAAUCAACUUUGAUCAGGUUUAAUAUAGAUGUAGAGAAUAUUAUCAGCUUCAAUGAUUUACAAGCUUCUGUACAGGAGCUGCGGAUUUACGGAAAUUAUAUUGGAAGUCUAUAUGGAUACUUUAUGGCUUUGCCGAAGGAAAAGUUUGGACCAGCCUUCGCAAAUCCUGAAACAAAUACUAUCUUUUGGACCGAUCCUAAAUUUAGAACAGAUCUGUGUUAUUCCUUUUGGGAAGAUAUAUCAGAAGUUUGGAAGAACGAGUGGUUAAACAAUAUAGAAGAAUUGUAUGAGUUAUGUAAAAAUGCAUAAAAUAGUUUUAAAGCUAGUACAUAUUUUGUGUUAGGAUUAUUUUGUUUACCAAUUUUAUAUGAGUUAUGUAAAAAUGAAUUAAAUUGUUAGUAAGUAAGUAUUUUGUGCCAUGAUUAUUAUCACUGUUUAAAUCAGUUUUAUCAGCUAUGUAAACAUGGUAGUUAAGUAAAAUAUUUGAAUUAGA